AUGGCACAAGGCAAUACUUCAACUGAACCUCAUGCAUGUGAUCAGGAGAAAGUUCUUCUAGAUGGAGCAUCUGCCACACAUGUUCCUUUUAAUGUGGUCGACGAGGAAAAACACGCUUGUGUAGCUGCUGGCGAUUCCAGCGCCGACGGGUCCGUAAAUGAACAAGCAAACCCAUUCAUGCUUACGCAUUCGGCACAGGUCACAUAUGAUGGCCCUGAAGACAAAUCAAAUCCUCAGAAUUGGUCUUCACCGCUGAAAUGGAGCGUUACGAUCCUGGUAUCUUGUGGAGGUUUUAUAACUAUGAUGUCUGGCAGUAUGCUCGCACCUGCACUCCCCGCCAUUGGUCACGACUUGGGCAUGUCAGAAGCCACUGCACAGAUAACGCUUUCGGUCUUCGUGCUGGCAUUUGCAUUUGGUCCUAUGAUUUUGGCGCCCUUUGCAGAGGUCUAUGGGCGAAGACCGGUGUGGAUUCUAUGCGGCACGUUUUAUAGUGUGUGGAGUAUUGUUUCUGGGUUUUCUCACAACAAAGGUCUUUUGGUCGCUUCCAGACUUUUGUCUGGGUUUGGGGGUAGUGUAGAUUUCGUGAUGUCUUAUCCCGUUGUAGAUGAUGUAUGGUCACCAGAAGAACGUGGUAAAGCUUGUGCUAUUGUUUCAUUCUUACCACUGCUGGGCCCUGCUAUGGGUCCUCUCAUUGGCGGUAUUAUCACGCAAACCAUCGGCUGGCGUUGGAUUUUCUGGGUCGCAGCUAUUUUCUCCGGAUGCUUGAUGAUUUUGGGAUUUUUCGUUUUCCCCGAAACGUCCGCGGCAAAGAUCUUGGGUGACAAAGCCAGGGAGCUUAGCAAAGCGACAGGCCAGCACUACCACACGGAAUACGAAGGCCCAAAUCAGAAGGUCACUCAAAAGUUGUGGUUAAGCAUCAAUCGUCCGGCUAGGCUCCUUGCUACCCAACCAAUUCUUAUGGUAAUAUCUUUAUUCUUAGCUUAUAACUUCGGAAUCUUAUACUUCGUCCUUUCUACCUUUUCCUCGCUUUACACCGAUGUAUAUCAUCAAACCACGUUGCAAAGUGGACUGCACUAUAUCGCUCUUGCGUUGGGCUACUUGGUUGCCAACACCAUCGAGGCAGAGGUCAUGGAUCGCAUCUGGGCACAUCUGACGGAGAAGGCUGGUGGAGAGACCGCUCCUGAGUACCGAGUCCCUCUCAUGGUCCCCAGUGGUCUCCUUAUGCCUAUUGGCCUAUUCUGGUAUGGUUGGUCAGCUGAAGCACAUAUUCACUGGAUCAUGCCAGACAUUGGAGCCGCGAUUUUUGGCUGUGGCUUUUUCCUCAAUACUGGACUAAUACUAGCCUACGUCCUGGACUCCUUUGGCAAAUACACCGCGUCUGCCAUGGCUGCGAGUCAGCUCUUGCGCAUGAUUGCCGGCUUCGCGUUCCCGAUAUUUGCACCGGCCAUGUAUACUGCUCUGGGGUGGGGAUGGGCAAAUUCUACGCUCGCGCUGAUUGCGAUGGUUUUUGGGUCUCUAGCACCAUUGAUUUUGUGGAAGUUCGGGGCUAAAAUUAGAGCUAUGGGAAAGCCCCAGUGGUGA